UGCCAAAUCCAGGGUUGCUCAGGAUCCCGUCUGGCCAAUUGCCCUGAAAAUGUAAAAAAAAAUUCGGAUGGUACCAAAAUAAAGUCAUAAGAGCGUCUCCGUUGACUAGAUGCGCAGGUUGUCACCAGCUUCCAAACAGCAUCAUUAAGAACACAGAUACCCUCCAUCCACUGGGACCUCCCAAACCCAUUGACAAGAGCGCUGCAUUGGGCUGAGUGGAUCAGUACAUUUUCCUAUCUGCUGUAAUCCAGGUUACCGGAAAGAUGACCACCCUCACCCGGCAAGAUCUCAACUUUGGACAAGUGGUUGCAGAUGUUCUCUCGGAGUUUCUUGAAGUGGCUGUUCACCUCAUCCUUUAUGUUAGAGAAGUUUACCCCAUUGGGAUCUUUCAGAAGAGGAAAAAAUACAAUGUACCAGUCCAGAUGUCCUGUCAUCCAGAGCUGAAUCGGUACAUCCAGGACACGUUGCAUUGUGUGAAGCCACUGUUAGAGAAGAAUGACGUGGAGAAGGUGGUGGUAGUAAUCCUGGAUAAAGAGCACCAUCCAGUGGAGAGAUUUGUCUUUGAGAUCACUCAGCCACCUCUACUUUCCAUCAGCUCGGACUCGCUGCUGUCCCACGUGGAGCAGUUGCUCCGUGCCUUCAUCCUGAAGAUUAGCGUGUGUGAUGCCGUGCUCGACAAUAACCCCCCAGGCUGCACCUUCACUGUCCUGGUUCAUACACGGGAGGCUGCCACGCGAAACAUGGAGAAGAUCCAGGUGAUAAAGGAUUUCCCAUGGAUCCUGGCAGAUGAGCAGGACGUGCACAUGCAUGACCCCCGGCUAAUCCCCCUGAAGACCAUGACGUCGGAUAUCUUAAAGAUGCAGCUUUACGUAGAAGAAAGAGCCCACAAAGGUACCUGAUGCUGACUCUUCCCAUCACCUUCAACCUUGUCCAAGGCUCAGAUCUUCCAGAGGAAUCCGGUGUCUUCUAGGGGGAUGCAACUUGUCUUGUUAACAGGUGCUUCUUCAGCUGGCCUCCUGAGUGACUUCAUGUCCAUUGAGCAGCUCCCCACAGCCAAGCUGCCUAUAGGUUUAAAAUGCUCUUACCGCUAUAUAUAGAACUGACUCCUACAUGUGAACAGGCUGUGUGGGGUGUGUGUGUGUGUGUAUGUGUUUGUUACAGCAAAUCCACAGAUGCAAGACGUGAGGGAUGUCAUGUAAACUGCAAGUGGGAAUCAGUCCUUCUCACUUGCUCUUUAUGAUCCCGCUUUGACCCUUUAUAGGGCAGCUCAAUUGCACAUUGGUACUUGUAUGUGAACGUCCAUUUUGUGUACGUACCUCUGAGCCUCCAGCUGGAUAACUUGGGCGUGUUCUGUGGGAAGCCUAAGCUCGUAUGACUCCACCGAAAUCGCUCGACUUACAGCUGGGAUGAGUGGGGCCUUAUCUACAAUGUGUGUGUCCACUGUGAGUGAGUGAUCUGUAGAGCUGUCAAUAAAUACUGAGCAAGUUCUACCAUCG